CUCGAUUUGGAUUCCCAACAAACGCGAGCAAAGCUGCGAGCUUCAUCGCCUCGUUGUCGACCUCAACCAGACAGGUGAUUGCAUGGGGAACGUAGAGUCCGUCCAUGGCAACGCCGGCGGUCGCCAUGUUAGAGCUAACCAGAGCGGCGAAGGAGCCGUACUCGACACAGGGCUGGAGGAGCUGGAACAACUGCGAGAAGGAUUCAGGCGGGUGACUUCGCUCAGUCGAAAUGCCCCGCAGCAGCAGCAGCACGGCAUGGAGAAGGACACAUUUCGCAUCAUGGUGUUGCAUGCGUUUCCACGCUUGCCCAAGACAUUAGGGGAACGUCUCUUCGACGUACUCAACACGGAAAGGUCUGGGCUGUUGCAGUGGAGCGAGCUGUUGUCCGGAUUGGACCUGACGCAGCACGUGCACGGGAACAAGGCGCUGUUGGUGGAAAACCAGUGCAAAUUCCUGUUUGACGUGUACGACCUGAGCGAGUCGGGACAGCUGCAGCGCGACAUUCUUGAUCGCUUCGCCAACGUCAUCUACGGCGUGCGCGGCAUCCCCUCCAUGGACGAGGCAUUGCAAGCCCUGUUUGACAAGCCCGGCAAGGUGCCGACGCUAAGCUACGCCGACUUCUCGUCGGCCUUUCGCGAGAAAUCUCCUGCGUUCUUGUUCACAUGGCUCGAAACCCUCGCGCGCCACGUCGGUCGAAAGCCCCAUCCGGCGAUCCGCGAUCUCCAGGACCGGUACAACGUCGUCCGGGUGCGCGAGCGCAUCCAACGGAGCACGCUGCUGACGCUGGAAGAGAUUUGUGGCCUGGAGAAGUGGUUCCAGCGGGCUCUGAGGGGUCGGCUGACGCUUCGAACGGCCGAUUUUUUGCUGCAGGUGCUGGAACCCCACGUGUCUCGGCCGUUCUGCGACCUCCUGGCGCCGUGGCUUGGGGACAAGAUCGACUUUGCCUCGUUUUGCGCGUUGCUGUCGAAUUUCUGCAGAGGACAUGCCCAGCGCUCGUUCUUGUUUCAAGUGGUUCAGGUGGAUGGAAAGAUUCCGCAAGCCAAGGCGGCGCUGUUGGCAACGGCAGUGGCGGCCUCGUCAGAGGCAGCAUCAACAGUAGACGAGACGGUGUUUACCGACUUGAACGAAGAUCAAUUUGGUGGGCUGCAGUUGUCGUCCCUCGACCAAUUUGCAGAUCGAAUGGCGGUGGCGGCUUGCUGUCAGUUCGACUGCUGUUUACGACCGCAAGAUCCAACCAUUGAGAGCCGAAUCAUCGACGCCCGAUGGACAGAAUAUGACCAGCCGCACGUGUCGCAUGUGUGGUACUUGGUCGAUUCGACGUGGUGGUACAACUGGUGUGGGUACACCUCAUUCCAUCCCCUGAACGGCAGCCAAGGCGGCAACUUGGCUUUUCCGACGCUAGCGUUGGACACUGUCCAGCAGUCGGGGCUCCAUCUGCCUGUGGGUGUAGACGAGACCAAGCGACCUGGGCCAAUGAAGAAUUGGAGUCUGCAGUACCGCCACGGCAGCCGGCGCCUCAAGCUCGACAUGGUCGUGGGUCAGCACUUUCACCUGCUGCCCGAACCAGUGUAUACCACCCUCGGGCACUGGUACGGCGGGGGGCCGUCGUUUGGUCGGACGUACUUGGCGUCGUCGAUGGAGUUGGAACUGUACCCGCUGGUGCUGCGUGUGGGCCGCACAGACGUCCGCGGGGAUGUGACGGUGUCGGGGGAGGAGGUGGUGGUGGGGCGGGGCAGUCGGGCGGGUGCUGUGCUGCAAGACUGCUGCCAUGUGCUCAUCGUUCGAGACCAUCACACGCGGCUGUGGUGCACGACUUGUGUGUCCAAGGUGUUGGUGUUGCCAAACGACGCCCUUCCGUACGACCAAUUGACCCAGGACUCGAUCUUAAUUGUCGAGAUUCAAGAUGCCGACGGGUCGUGGCCAUUGUCCCAGACUGAUCAAGGCGGGAAAGCGUCAGGAGAUCGCGUGAAAGCAGCGGCGGCGCCCUCGUCUUGUUCGUACGGACUGGUGGGGCUUGACAAUCUCGGCAAUACGUGCUACAUGAGCAGCGCCAUCCAAUGCCUCAGUCAUUCAAGGCUUCUGUGCGACUACUUUCGCAGUGGCCACUUCAGAUACGACCUCAAUCUUACCAAUAAACUCGGCACCCAAGGCAAACUGGCCGUGGCAUUUGGCAACUUGGUGAAUGUGCUGUGGAGCACCAACAAGAAGAGCGUAGCGCCAGUGCAAUUCCGCAACGCCGUGGCCAAAUUCAACCAACACUUUGACAAUUAUGACCAGCACGACUCACAGGAGCUGCUGGCGUGCUUACUCAGCGGCCUUAGCGAAGACUUGAACCGCGUCAAGGACGUUCCGGCGCCGAUGGAGCAGCCGGACAGCGCCGGACAGAGGGACUCGGUCGUGGCGGACCAGUGGUGGCAGAACUACCUGCGGCGAGAGGUGUCGAUUGUGGUCGCGCUGUUUAUGGGUCAAUACAAGUCGCUCUUGAGCUGCCACACGUGCCAGUACCAGUCGGCGUCGUUUGAGCCGUUCACGUUUUUGCAGUUGCCACUGCGCGAAACCGACACGUUUGUGCUCGUGCUCACGGUGGUGUUCCACUGCGGCCGCGAACCCAUGCGAUGCUCGCUCGAGCUGCGGCGGGAUGGCGUCGUGGCGGAUAUCAAGCGCGCGGUCGCCCGGCAGGUGGGCUUCGCCGAGUCGACGCCGCUCAUGGUGGCGUGUAUCAACAGCCAAGAGCAUACGAUUCAGUCCGUGUACCCGGACCAGUUCAAGCUGAGCCUGAUCAAGGAGCAGGAGCAGGUGGUGGCAUACGAACUCGAAGUCGAACUGUACGACGCUCCCGAAGUCUCGCUCGACACGCGGCUGCAUGUCGGUGAUGCGGUGGGCGUCCAGAACGACCGCAGCCCUGUGCCGACCCACGCCCGCAUCACUGCGUGCAACGCCAACGGCACGUACGACAUUGCGUUUUGGACCGGGCGCGUCGACUUUGGGUACUCGCGCACCCGCCUCGUGCACUAUGGAGGCAGCCACGUGUUUUUGAACGUGGUCCACCGGCGCCUGGAAAAUGCGACAGUGUUUUUUACCGAUCCGAACGUCCUGCGGCUGUUUGGGACGCCGCUGGUCGUAGCGGUCGUGCCACAACGCACGACGGGGUACCAGCUGUACACGUAUAUCUGGCGCCGGCUGCGGCGCAUCUUUCACUGGUCGGCACCGCCCGAUCCGGCUCAGAUCAGCCACCUCCCUCCGUCCGCCAGCAGGGCCAGCGACGUGGCCACCGUGGCACUGGGCACGCAUUUGGGUGCUGCGCUUCCGAAAUGAUAUAUAUAUAUAUGCUAAACAGUCUGGGUAGAGCUCACAAGGUUUGGGUUUUGCCUACGGUUGGUGACAAUGGAUGGCAUGGCGUGCUCGCGGUGUCCGUGGCUGAGUGGCUGCCGCGGGUGCUUGGUCAGCAGCCAUCCGGACGCGCUGCUCCAAGUGUGCGGGCGGGAAACCAUCGCCAUUGACUGGGACAUUCAAACGAUGGCGGAGGACUACGACGCCACCGAAGCCAGCAAGGUGCAGGUGCACGCGUCGUUUGAAAAGCAAGCCAAAGUCCAAGCAGCAGUGUUAAGUCUCCAGUCAUGCUUGAAGGACUUUACAGCGAGUGAACCCCUGGACGAAGCGUACUGCAGUCGGUGCAAAGCGCUGACGCCCGCGGCCAAGAAGAUGGAUCUAUGGCGGGUGCCUCCGCUGCUUGUGAUUCAACUCAAGCGCUUUCAAUACACAGCUACGAGUCGCAAGAAGCUGCGGCACUUGGUGCAGUUCCCUCUCAAAGGGCUCGACUUGACCGAGUUCUUGGUGCGAUCAAGUCCAGAUUCAGGGCUCCAGAACUGGCAGUUCCUCGGGGGGAAGCUGGCGCCCGACCAAGUUCCCGCCGCCGUGUACGAUCUCUACGCCGUGGUCAACCAUAUUGGCGUGCUGGGCGGCGGCCACUACGUCGCCACUGUCUUGAGCGAAAGCGAUAAGCGGUGGAAGUGCUUCAACGACCACCAGUGCCGAGACAUCGACGAGAAGGAUGUGGUCACGCCGUCUGCGUACAUUUUGUUUUACAUCCGGCGGGACAUGAAGUCGCUGCCUGUGCACCAAGUGUUUCCUGUCAAUAGCACGUCGCCCGUGCUGAGCGACGAAGAGAUGGCGGCGCUGCUCCACGAACCUGAUAGCUCGCGCUGCGUUGUUAGUUAAGUCCAAUUGUAACCACAAACUACUACUACUAAUAUAGAUGGGUCGUUCAAUUG